AUGUACACCGUACCUGCCGAAGCUUUCUUGCAGAUGACAGAAGCCAAGAUGCACGAGGAGCUCGCAGACGCCGGUGUGCUUUCAGAGUUUGAUGAGAGCCUGGGAAAGGCAAUGUUCGUGUCACACCAGUGGCUGAGCGACACCCAUCCUGAUCCAGAUUUCCAGCAGUUGAAAGUUCUGCAGGAUGCAAUGAAGAAUAUCGUUGCCGGAACCAGCUCAAUUUCUCAAGCUCUGUUCUCAGAAAUUGUGUAUGGUCGAAGAAGAUGCCCUACACCGGCUGACUUCGCACCCAGCCAUCUCCACAUUUGGUAUGGCUACUUUAGCAUCCCACAGUGCAGCUGUCAUGGCGCAUCUCAGGUGCGCGAGAGUGCAAUUCAAAGCAUUCCAGCAUACGUGGCGAGGUGCUUUUUUUUUGUCGUCCUGUGCCCGGCUUUGACUCACAGAGACCAGCAGCGGACUUUGAGCCAUGCCACUUGGGGCGAAAGGGGGUGGUGUCGUACAGAGAGAGCUGCACGCGAACUCUCCACCCACAGAGGUGGAUACGUCAUUAUUGUAGAGAGCGCCGCUCACCAGACGCUGCUGUGGGCAGGAAAAAGCAUGAGGGAUGCACCUGGUGAAGGAGAGUUUACGCUUGAUGGUGACAGAGCGCGGAUCGGCCGUCUGGUAACUCAGAUGGUCUGGUCCAAGCUUUUCUACUACCUCGAGCAUGGACAGUUUCACAACUACCGAUUCCUUCUGAAUGCACAAGCGGCGCAGUAUUUCCGUUCUCUGGACGUGGAGCCCAUUGACGGCCUUGUUCCGGGAUUCCACACAGAAACCGACCCGAGUGUUGACUGCAAGGGCUUUAUGCUGGAACGGUUCCUGCAUCAGAAUGGCUUCAGGAGCAUCUUCGAGCGGGACAGCGCAGGGUGGCCGCCCAUUUGCUUCGCAGCGAUGAGCAACAACGUCGUGGUGCUGCAAGCGCUUCUCGACCGAAAGGUGGAUAUCAACCAGGCUACGACCAAGCCCGCAGUGGAGGUCGGUCUUCCUGCUAAGCUGACGGAUCUGGGAAUAGCUUGCUUGCUUCGCAACGAUGAAGCUCUCGAGCUGCUUCUGUGUGCCAGAGCCCACGUAAACAACAAGGAUGGUUUUGGUGGCAAUGCUCUCCAUACGGCGUGCGUAGGGGACCAUGCACGCGGAGUACGUCUACUCUGCCAUGCUCGUGCCAACGUGAAUCAGCAGGCCAUGCCAGGAAUGAGCCCUUUGAUGAUCUCGUGUGCAUGCGCAAGUCGGCAUGCCAUGAAGGAGAUGCUCAAUCUGAAUCCGGGUUUGAGCUUGCGACACGGCCUACACAUCACACUCAUGUUCGCUGGGGGUGGUUCUGCCGACUUGGUUUCCGUUUUGCUCGCUGCACGGGCGAAUGUGAAUGAACAGUUCCGAGUACAGAUCCAGGAGCCGGGGUGGUGGCUUCUGAUGAACGUCAUGGGUGUGAGGCAUCGGGUAAGCCCUUCCAGACUGACUCUGCUGGCUUAUCAUCGUUACGAUGCGACGCCGCUGAUGUUCAGCCUUCUGAGUGGUUCUCUUGAUUCUGUGUCCACUCUGCUGUCAGCCCGAGCCCGAGUAGACAUCCGAAAUUACCGUAAGAAGACGGCAUCCGAUCUGGCACGCCAGAUGCUCGCGCCGUCGUGGUUGAUCGAGGCUUGCUCUACCAAAGGCGAGCCAGACGCUGAGGCCCUUGCCGAGAGUUCCAGGGCUGAGAAGGCCAAGGUAUCGGAGGGUGUUUUUCCAACUGCCAUGGACAGCGCAUCUCUUGUUGAGUUUGCAUCGGCGCUGCACAAACAUCGAGACAGUAUUCCAGGCAGCAACACCUUCGUGAUGUACACCGUACUCGCCGAAGCUUUCUUGCAGAUGACGGAAGUCAAGAUGCACGAGGAGCUCGCUGACGCCGGUGUGCUUUCAGAGUUUGAUGAGAGCCUGGGAAAGGCAAUGUUCGUGUCGCACCAGUGGCUGAGCGACACCCAUCCUGAUCCAGAUUUCCAGCAGUUGAAAGUUCUGCAGGAUGCAAUGAGGAAUAUCGUUGCCGGAACCAGCUCAAUUUCUCAAGCUCUGUUCUCAGAAAUUGUGUAUGGUCGAAGAAGAUGCCCUACAGCCGCUGACUUCGCAUCCAGCCAUCUUCACAUUUGGUAUGACUACUUUAGCAUCCCACAAAGCAGAGAUCGCCGUGCAUCUCAGGGCCGUCAGACAGCAAUCCAAAGCAUCCCAACGUAUGUGGCAAGAUGCGAGUUCUUUGUCGUGCUAUGUCCGGCUCUGAAGCACAGAGACCAGCAGCGGACUUUGAGCCAUGCCACUUGGGGCGAAAGGGGGUGGUGUCGCACAGAGAGAGCUGCACGCGAACUCUCCACCCGCAGCGGUGGCUACGUCAUUAUUGUAGAGAGCGCCGCUCACCAGACGCUGCUGUGGGCAGGAAAAAGCAUGAGGGAUGCACCUGGUGAAGGAGAGUUUACGCUUGAUGGUGACAGAGUGUGGAUCGGUCGUAUGGUUACUCAGAUGGUCUGGACCAAGCUUUUCUACUACCUCGAGCAUUCACAGUUUCACAACUACCGAUUCCUUCUGAAUUCGCAUGGGGCGCAGUGUUUCCGUGGUCUGGACGUGGAGCCCAUUGACGGCCUUGUUCCGGGCUUCCACACUGAGACCGACCCGAGUGUUGACUGCAACGGCUUCAUGCUGGAACGUUUCCUGCAUCAGAACGGCCUCAGGAACAUCUUCGAGCGGGACAGCGCAGGGUGGCCGCCCAUUUGCUUCGCAGCGAUGAGCAACAACGUCGUGGUGCUGCAAGCGCUUCUCGACCGAAAGGUGGAUAUCAACCAGGCUACGACCAAGCCCGCAGUGGAGAUCAAUCUUCCUGCUAAGCUGACGGCUCUGGGAAUAGCCUGCUUGUUUCGCAACGAUGAAGCUCUCGAGCUGCUUCUGUGCGCCAGAGCCCACGUAAACAACAAGGAUGGUUUUGGUGGCAAUGCUCUCCAUACGGCGUGCGUAGGGGACCAUGCACGCGGAGUACGUCUACUCUGCCAUGCUCGUGCCAACGUGAAUCAGCAGGCCAUGCCGGGAAUGAGCCCUUUGAUGAUCUCGUGUGCAUGCGCAAGUCGGCAUGCCAUGAAGGAGAUGCUCAAUCUGAAUCCGGGUUUGAGCUUGCGACACUGCCUACACAUCACACUCAUGUUCGCUGGGGGUGGUUCUGCCGACUUGGUUUCCGUUUUGCUCGCUGCACGGGCGAAUGUGAAUGAACAGUUCCGAGUACAGAUCCAGGAGCCGGGGUGGUGGCUUCUCAUGACUGCCAUGGGUGUGAGGCAUCGGGUAAGCCCUUCCAGACUGACUCUGCUGGCUUAUCAUCAUUACGAUGCGACGCCGCUGAUGUUCAGCCUUCUGAGUGGUUCUCUUGAUUCUGUGUCCACUCUGCUGUCAGCCCGAGCCCGAGUAGACAUCCGAAAUUACCGUAAGAAGACGGCAUCCGAUCUGGCACGCCAGAUGCUCGCGCCGUCGUGGUUGAUCGAGGCCUGCUCUACCAAAGGCGAGCCAGACGCUGAGGCCCUUGCCGAGAGCGACACGUUUUUCAUUUGA